AGGUGACUAAUGUACGGUGUUAUGUUGCCAUAACGUUACUUGUCUUUAUAAAUACCGAAUAAAAAAAUAUUGUGGGAAGUUAUAAAUUGCAAAAGUUCUUCAGAUAUAUAUAACGAUGGGUUACGGAAAACAGGAAAACACUCUGGAAAAGCAAAUAGGUUGUGUUAAGUACACACUAUUUUGCUUCAAUAUUAUAACAUGGAUGAUAGCGACAGCACUUUUUGCGCUCACUGUUUGGCUGCGUGCUGAACCCGGUUUUAAUGAUUGGUUGCGCAUACUUGAGGCGCAGGCAUUUUACAUUGGUAUUUAUAUAUUAAUUGCUUUCAGCAUUAUCAUGAUGGCUGUUUCCUUUUUGGGUUGUCUCAGUGCAUUAAUGGAAAACACAUUAGCACUGUUCGUGUUCAUUGGCACGCAAAUAUUUGGAUUCGUAGCUGCAGUAGCAGGUUGUGGCUUGUUGCUGGAAUAUAGUACAAUGCACUCCAGCUUACAACCUUUGCUUGAAGUUUCAUUAUUUAGAUUUGUUAGCACUUCAGAAUAUCCAUAUUCCGCAUAUGUUCUUAAUAUGAUACAACAAAAUAUUGGUUGUUGUGGUGCAACUGGACCUUGGGACUAUUGGAACCUGCAUCAACCUUUACCUUCUUCGUGUCGUGAUACCGUCAGUGGAAAUGCCUUUUUUAAUGGUUGCGUUGAUGAGCUAACCUGGUUCUUCGAAGGGAAAGCUGGUUGGAUUGUAGGACUGGCUAUGACAUUGGCUUUGCUUAAUGUUAUUAGCGGUGUAAUGAGUUUGAUUUUGGUACAAGCAGUUAAAAAAGAAGAAGAUGAAGCGCGGGCAUACAGACAUUAAAAUAUGACAAGAGUAAGAGCGCAUAUUUUAAUAAAAAUAUUUCAAACAAAUUUAAGGCCGCCGAAUGUAUUUUCUAAUCAUAUAGUUUAUUCUAUUGUUUGCACUAGUUUUAAGAAAUUUUUGUAUUAAAUAAACAAUAUACAUUUCUU